GUAUGCAUUUCAAGUCUUGUUGUGGAGAAAGACUAUGUAUCCGAGAACCCUUGUGAUCGCUACAGCAUAAAUCUACGGCUCCAUUGACACGACAGAAGAACGAAAGACCCGCCAUUCGUCUUCAGCUCGUACCACCGGCUACCUUUUCUCCCAUCGGGACGGACUGAAAUUCUGCCAUCUUCAGCGGAGACAUCGUGCGGAAUGUCGGUGGUGGCUAGGUCGACCUCAAGCCUGGCUUACCCGGAGAGAUUCUACGCAGCCGCUUCCUACGUUGGUUUCGGCGGAUCUCUGAACUCUUCUACAGCCGCUUUGUCUAAAUUCCAGAACGACGUUGCUCUUCUCCUCUAUGGUCUAUACCAACAGGCGACAGUAGGGCCUUGCAAUGUUCCGAAACCGAGAGCUUGGAAUCCGGUGGAGCACAGCAAGUGGACUAGUUGGAAUGGACUAGGAAACAUGGCUUCAACAGAGGCAAUGCGUCUGUUUGUGAAAAUUUUGGAGGAGGAAGAUCCUGCUUGGUAUUCGAGGGUCCCAGAACCUACUGUAGAACAUAAGUUUGAAAUGCCCAAACCAAAAGUGGAAUCAUCUGGUGAGACAGCUAGUCCUGAUGAGAUAUCCUUUUCAGAACCUAAACAUAUUUCAAGAGAAAAUGGUGGUCUUAUUGAGACCCAGGACAAAGAUAUUAUAAUGGAAGGUCUUGGUGCUAUUGGUGUUUAUGAUCAAUGGGUCGCACCGCCAAUUUCUGGACAACAACCAAAGCCUCGAUAUCAGCAUGGAGCCGCUGUUGUGAAGGAUAAGAUGUAUAUUUUUGGUGGAAAUCACAAUGGCCGAUACCUCAAUGAUCUUCAGGUCCUUGAUUUGAAAAGUUUGAUGUGGUCAAAGAUAGAUGCUAAAGUGACAAAAGGGCCGUCAGAAUCAUCAACACCAGCACAUGUUGCUCCUCUCGCUGGGCAUUCCCUGAUUUCUUGGGAUGAGAAGAUUCUAUCCAUUGCGGGUCAUACAAAAGAUCCUUCUGAGACUGUCACAGUUAAGCAAUUUGAUCCACAAACUUUGACCUGGUCCAAUUUAAGGACUUACGGGAAGCCACCGAUUUCUCGUGGAGGUCAAUCAGUGACCCUCGUUGGAACAACUUUAGUUAUGUUUGGCGGGGAAGAUGCAAAAAGAUCUCUAUUGAAUGAUCUGCACAUUCUUGACUUGGAAACCAUGACUUGGGAUGAUAUAGAUGCUAUAGGCACACCACCUUCUCCAAGGUCAGACCAUGCUGCUGCUUGCCAUGCAGAGCGGUACCUUCUUAUAUUUGGUGGGGGUUCUCAUGCUACGUGCUUUAACGAUCUUCAUGUCCUUGACCUGCAAAACAUGGAAUGGUCAAGGCCGAAACAGCAGGGUGUGACUCCUGGUCCGAGAGCUGGUCAUGCUGGAAUAAAAGUGGGGGAAAAUUGGUUUGUUGUCGGGGGUGGUGAUAAUAAAAAUGGAGUUUCUGAAACUUUGGUACUUCACAUGUCAGCAUUAGUUUGGUCGGUUGUUACCUCUGUAAAAGGACGAGUACCCCUUGCCAGUGAGGGUCUAAGUGUGGUUUUGAGCACAUGCAAUGGGGAAGAUUAUCUUGUUUCAUUUGGAGGGUAUAAUGGGCGUUACAGCAAUGAGGUUUACGUUCUUAAACCAAGCUACAAGUCAGAUUUGCAGUCCAAGAUAUUUGACAAGCCAACAUCAGACAGUAUGGCUGUGGUUAUCGCAUCCACAAAUGUUGGCAGGGAUGUAGCACCCGAGUCAGAAGCAACCCAAGAUGGAAAGAUAACAGAGAUUAUGAUGGAUAAUGUUGAUUCAGGACCUUUGCAUAUGAGGACUGAGGAGUCUGGCGAACACAUCAUCACUGCACUCAAGGCGGAGAAAGAAGAAUUGGAGGUUACUCUCAACAGGGAACAGCUGCAGAACCUCCAACUUAAGCAAGAGUUAGCUGAAGCAGAGACUAAGAAUGUGGAGAUUUCAAAGGAGCUCCAAUCUCUCCGUGGUCAACUUGCUGCUGAACAGUCGAGAUGUUUCAAACUUGAGGUUGAUCUAGCAGAGCUUCGUCAGAAGUUGCAGAACAUGGAGACUUUGCAGAAGGAAGUGGAGCUACUUCAAAGACAGAAAGCCGCCUCCGAGCAAGCAGCUUUGAGUGCGAGGCAGAGGCAAAACUCCGGCGGGGUUUGGGGCUGGCUCGCAGGCAACCCUGCAGAAAAGCCUUCUGAUUACUCCUAAUCCAUUUUGUCCAUAUCCCUUCCCCCUUCACAGUAAUUCAUACAGGUUUAAACCACAAUAUUCACAUUUCCUCAUAUUAUUAGAAGACAUGCAAUAAAUUGUUGGAAUUUAUGAGCAUCUAUUGUUUUUACAUUUUUUUCUCAUUGGUAUAGGAGAUGUAUCAGGAUUUCUUUCUUUCUUUCUUUUCUUUUGCAUAAAUUGCUUUUUGGUUCUUUCUUUUUUGUACUAAUUUCUUGCUUCUUUUAAAAUUAUUAUAGGGGAGCAACAUUAUGUCUGAGGUAUAAUAUUUAUGGAUAUUUUUCUUCCUA